GUUUGGUCAGGGCAAACGUCGACCGUGGGAGUUUGGCAGUUACUAGCAGUGGGGAGUUCGGGGAGGACGGCGGUUGAGUCCGACGGGCAACGGGACUGGGAGGAAAAAGGCAACGUCCAGCUCGUUUGGCCGAGAGCGAAGCCACCCGCAGCCCUCCGGAUGAUCGCGCCGGGAUUUUCCGCCGCUGACCGUAGUUUGCGCAAAUGGAGGCGACCCUGACUUGCGCCAUCUGCCUGUCGCUCUUUGAGGAACCCGUGACGCUCCCCUGCUCGCACAACUUCUGCCGGACCUGCGUGGUCGCCUACCUCUGCCAGGGACGCAGGCCGGUCGAGCAGGCCCCUCCUUCCCCCCUGCGGCCGCCCCCGCAAAGCCACGAGCGGCCACGUCGUCAAGAGGCCGAGCGGGGCUCUGCUCCGAACUCCGACAGCGACGCCGUCUUCGUGUCUUGCCCUCUCUGUCGGAAGGCCUGCGCGCUCCCCGCACGCAUCGGCGCCGCCGGCCUGCCGGUCAACACGACCCUGGCCGAGGUGGUGAAGCUGUUCAAGGCCAGCCAUGGCGGGGAGCCGAGAGCGUCGGGCCGUGCCUUGGUGCAGGAGGUGCCUUGCGAGAAGCACCCGGGCAAGCUGCUGCAGCACUUCUGCCGGAUGUGUUGCCGCCCGGCGUGCGGGCAGUGCGUGUCAGAGGAGCAUCUGGGGGUCUUCCAUUCGGUCGACCUGAUAGGUGCCGUUUAUCAGGAGGAGAAACUAAAUUUCUUCAGCUACCUGAAGGAAAUAAGAAAAAUACAUGAACAACUAGUAAAGGAAGUAGCAGAUUUCCGAAAUGGCAUAGAGACACAAAAUCUUAAAGAGGAGGAGAUCAUUACAAGAGAAUUUAAAAGUAUCUAUGAGACCUUGGAAAUGAAGAAAAAACAGCUGCUUGAUAGUCUUGGAAGUCAAAAAGAAAAGAGAGCAAAGGAAUAUGAAAUAUGGAAGAAAAUGAAAGAUGCUUGCAGGAAAACAAUUGAAAAGUAUCUGAAUGAGUGUGAAAAGAUUGUAAAUGAGUGUGAUCCCCAGCAUUUCUUAGAGGUUGCAUGCAACUUGAAUCAUAGGAUGAAGACCCAGAUUGAUCUGAUACAAAUUUCAUCCCACUAUGAAAAUUUGCAAGGGUACAAACAAAUGCAUAUGGAUACCACAUCUGUUGUUCAAAGCAUCUUUGCUUUGCACCUCACUCCUGUUAAUGUAGAUGGUUUUAAAGCAGACGUUCCCUUUAGAGAUGGAGACUAUGUUGUGUUUGGAAACAAUGACAGAAAAUCAGAAAAACAGAAGAAAUUACACAAUGGCUUCAGUCCUGUGAUAGGGAAAGAUGUAUUGCCUGAUGGGAGGAUGAUCCAUACUCAAAUCAUGUCUAUAUCAGAAACUCCCAAAUUUGGAGAAAUGAGCCAUGAGGAAGUACGCUAUAAUUAUUACGCAGCAUAUCAAGUUCGUUCAGAUGACUUGAAGAAACAAAUACAUGCCUUGCCUCAAAAUGGAAGAUGCCCAUUUCCAGAAUCUCCCUGUACAAUUAAUCGACCACCAGAAGCUUCCCUUUUUCCCUUUAGUGCUAAAGGAAGUAAUGUUAAACUGCAAGUGCUGCAAAGAAAAAGUAUCAAUGAAACUAGUUUGUCUAAGUCACUUGGUUAUCUGUUCAACACUCCUGCUAUGAACUUGAAUUUCUCUGGCUCAAGUAAUAGUUUCAGUUUAUUUGAUGUAAAAGGAUCUCAGAAAGACAGCCAAAAAACUUCCCUGUCAGACAAUUCUGAUCCCUUGCUUACAACAGCACAGAUUCCUCAGGCUGAUGCAGCAACACUUUCUUUGGGAGUACAAACCUCAGUGGCUGGAUCACCAGAUUUACUUCAUGUGAUAGCAUCACCAGUAGCUGUCUUGAAUCAGCACUCAUCUGGUACUGUUACAGAACAUACUACUCCAACUAUUUUUUCCAGUUCAAGUGGAAAGGGGCCUGACCCUGCGCUCAAAAAUGAGAAUUCAUUUUCCCCCACACUUUUUCCAGAAAAGCCUGAAAGCCAAAAUAGCAAUGUAAACAAUAUUAACUUUCCAGCUUCAACUUUAGUUUCCUUUAGUACCACCACCAGUCCUAAGCCAGAUUCAGCAGAAAGUAAAAAAAUGUUUUUCUCAGCUUUUCUUACCACUUCUGAAAAGCGACUCCGUCAGCCAAAUGAACAGCAGAGCUUAUUUUUGCUUUCUCCACCCAUUCAGAACAAAAACCAAGAGAAUCAGUUAUGCUGCGAGUACAAGCAGAAUACUCUUAGGAAUUCCACUGGUAAGAGGUUAACAGGUAACUGCAAUUUAUCUGAUAGCUUGUCCUACAAAACUUGUGCUCCUAGAGAAGAUGGUGCUUCAGAAAAUCAGCCUGUAUGUGGUAAGGUCUCUGCAAAUUACUUUUGGGAGACCAACACUGCACCUGCGUUUUCUUUCCCAGGUAGUGUCAAAAAUAAUUGGGAUGCUCAGACUUCCUCCUUGACAUCUGCUGAUAAAACUAAAAAUCCGAGUGACAAAUCAAAAAUGGAAUCAAAAACUUCAUCUGUAAAAGAAUCUUUACUCUCAAGUAAUUUUAAAGAUCUUAGAACUCGAAUGCAUAGCUCUUCCAAUUUCUUCAUGGAAAAGUUGAAGUCUGAAGUGGAAAGUAUUGCGGUUUCUCAGGAAGUUGUUGCCCACAAUAAUGCUGCAAAACAACCCACUAUUUCAAGUCAUCUUCUCACCAAACAGAACAAUCCAUUAGAAAACCUUCCAAGACAUGAAAAGACUAAGGAGGACCUCAUGCGGUCCCAUUCAUUAAGGAAUGGGGCAAGUUGCGUGGUAAAUGCAGACUCUAAUGGAGAAUAUUUAAAUCAAGCAUCAAACUCAAGUGAUUCUCGCAGUCCAUCAGAAGACAAAAUAUGUCCCAGGUAAAAACUGGGCCAAUUGCAACAGAAUAAAUGUAACCUGAGAGUUAUAAAUGUUGGAUUUAUUGGUUUUCCUGGAAAAGAAAAUAAUCGAAAUUGCCUCCUACCCGAAAACAUUUUUGAUAGCAUUUGGCAAAAUGUUUAAGGUGCUCCUUCUGUUUACUUCUCAAAUAAUAAAUGCUCCUUUUUAUUUUUACUGAAGUCAUUAAGAAUGAUACAUACAUACUGCCAAAUUAUGGUGUGCCCACCUUUUGAAAUGGAGGAACUCAGUUCUGCGUGAACAUGACAGUGUGGGUGGUUUGCAUACAUUCUGCCUCUUGAACAAACUCCAAUAGUUGUUUUAUAUCCAAAAUUUUCUGAGCAGUUUCUAGCCUGCAAAACUUUCACUGAGUUAGGAUAAAUGUUAUGGAAUGCUUCUCAAACUUCUGAAUUAUAGUUGUAACUCUAGGAGGAAUGGUGCUGCUGUGCACCAAGAACGGAGGCUCAGUGAACCUAGAAGAUGCAAUGCUGAAAUAAACAGCUUUUGGAUUAACAUCAA